UUGCUAAACAAUCAGUUGCGAACGGCAGGUGUAGCUGUAUCUCAUUUUAAAUUAUAAGUGCUGUUUCGCACAUUCAUGACAUUCUUUAAGAGGAACUCUGACUUAACUACUAUUAUGAAUCACGUGAAGUGAUGCCGUCGUCAUCGUUAAUGUUGUAAUAAGUGGAAGAUAUUGAUAAUGAGGUUAUGUUGCCCGAGUUGUGUCUCCUGCAACACAAAUUGACGCUGCAGAUCGAGAUGACUUACUUGUACUUGUCUUUGCAAUGUUACAUAGAGUUUGCAUGGUCUCCGAUUUCUUCUAUCCUAACAUGGGUGGAGUUGAAGAGCACAUAUUUAAUUUAUCCCAGUGUCUUAUCAGUCGUGGGCACAAAGUGAUUGUUCUGACACAUUCCUAUGGAGAAAGAGUUGGUGUUCGAUAUAUGACAAACGGCUUAAAGGUGUUUUAUCUUCCAGUGAGAGUGUUUUAUAAUCAGUGCGUGCUUCCAACGAUGGUGUGCUCCCUUCCAUUGAUUCGCUACAUUUUUAUUAGGGAGAGAAUAACAAUUAUACAUGGCCAUUCAGCAUUUUCAGCACUGGCCCAUGAAGCAAUGGUUAUUGGAAGAUUAAUGGAUUUAAAGACGGUGUUUACAGAUCAUUCUCUGUUUGGUUUUGCUGAUGCCUCUGCUAUUAUCACAAACAAACUCCUAGAGAUAUCACUAGCAGACUGCAACCACUGCAUUUGUGUGUCACACACAGGGAAGGAAAAUACUGUGUUGAGAGCCAGGGUCCACUGUGAUCGUGUGUCAGUCAUUCCCAAUGCAGUUGACACAGCUGCGUUUACCCCUGACCCCAGCAGACGAAGCACAGACACAAUCACAGUUGUGGUGAUAAGUCGACUGGUCUAUAGGAAAGGAGUUGAUCUGAUGGCUCAAGUCAUUGCUGAGAUCUGUCCACGAUACCCACAGCUGCAGUUCCUUAUUGGUGGAGAUGGCCCAAAGCGUUGGCUCCUGGAAGAAGUGCGAGAGCGCGGUGGAUUGCAGGAUCGUGUCACUCUUCUUGGGAGCCUGGAGCACUCGCAGGUGCGCGGUGUUCUUACGCGCGGACACAUCUUCCUGAACACGUCUCUCACAGAGGCAUACUGCAUGGCCAUAGUAGAGGCUGCAGCGUGUGGAUUGCAAGUAGUCAGUACCAGGGUAGGGGGCAUCCCUGAGGUUCUGCCAUCAGAGUUGAUCUAUCUCACCGAGCCAAAUGUUCCAUCUCUGUUGCUGGGUUUAGAGACGGCGCUUGCCAACCUGAAUUCAGGUAAUGUAGUGCCUCCAUGGGAGUGCCAUCAUCGUGUAGCGUCACUGUACAACUGGAUGAAUGUGGCGCAGCGCACUGAGACUGUGUAUCAUCAGGUGGCUGGUGAGAAGACCAAGACACUAGGAUCACGGCUUCGCAGUUACAUGGCACGUGGAGUGCUUCCCUUCCUCCUUGUUGUCACUCUCGCUCAUCUGAUGCUGCGCUUCCUUGAUUGGAUGGUGCCUCGCCAAGGUAUAGAUAUUGCAAAAGAUUACAACGUAACUAGUCAUAUUAUGGGUUCAAGUCACUCAAAUGGAGAUGUUCACUGCCACCCCUACCAGGCCAGAAAGAAACUAUCUUGACAUCGGCCGGCUUUCAGCAAACACCAAAGAAACUGCAUGAAAGAAUUUUCAUUGUAAAUGUUGUACAAAAAGAGAUUUAUAUAAAAUCUGUUGAAACCAAAAUAUGUGCUGUACUACUAUUUGAGUUGAAUUAUUAAACAUUUGUUUCAAUAAACUUA